AGAUCAUUAUGAUGUGAUCUUCGUAGAUCAAUUAUCGGCCAACAUUCCCUUGUUAAGGUUGACUGGCGCAAAGGUCUUGUUCUACUGCCAUUUCCCGGAUAAGUUAUUAACGCAACGGGAGACGACCCUGAAGAAUAUAUAUCGAGUUCCAAUCGAUUUCAUAGAGGAAGUGACAACUGGGUUGGCAAAUUGCGUGGUUGUAAAUAGCGAAUUUACUGCAAACGUGUUUUGCAAGUCUUUCACCACCAUAAGGAAUCCACCGCAAGUCCUUUAUCCUGGAAUUCAUCUUGAAGCAUAUGAUAAAGAUGUUGAUCACAAGGACGAAUCAGUCAAGAUCCUAGAAACUUCGAAAAAGGUUAUCUUGUCGAUCAACCGGUUUGAAAAAAAGAAAAAUAUCGUUCUUGCCAUACGCGCCUUUACAUGGUUACGAGAUGAUAAAUUGGUGGAUCCGACCGAAUUUGAAAAUAUGAGAUUGAUCAUUGCCGUUCAUUCUGAACUGAACAGGGUAGCAAUGCGAGCAGGACUCAAAACUCAUACCAUUUUGCCAGAUUCAACCAAGGCUCCUUCCGAAUCGGCUCAAGUGAUCUUUGUGUGCUCUUUUAACGAAGCACAAAGGACUUAUUUGUUGUCAAAGGCUUUCUGUCUUUUGUACACUCCGGAAAAUGAACAUUUUGGAAUUACACCUAUUGAAGCUAUGUACUCAAAACUACCGGUGAUUGCAUGUAACAGCGGCGGACCAAGGGAGACCAUUCGCAAUGGGGUAACCGGUAUCCUUUGCGAACCUAAGCCGAUGGCAUUUGCGGAAGCAAUUUCCUCUCUUGUUAAUGGUCACCAUGACCGUUACGAUAUGGGCGAAAACGGAAGAUUUCAUGUACUAAAAACAUUCUCUUCGGAUAUUUUCAUCGAUUCCCUUGAGAACCUUCUCAUUAAGUUGGUUGCAGAGCCAUCAAAAGCUAUACAUAAUCCUUUAAUUUGGCUUUCCACUAUGGAACUUUAUAAGCAAGCUAACGACGCUUUUUUCGAGGAUGACUACGAUGAGGCCUUGGAACUCUACAAUAAGGCCAUCAGCUUGGACGCGACGAAUGUUGAAUAUUUGUUGAAAAGGUCCGCCACCUUUCAAAAAAUCAAGAAAAAUAUGGAUUCUUUGGCUGACGCCGAAAAGGCUUUGAGUCUUGUUGAAGGAAAGGAGGGUCAAGAAGCUAUUGCUGCCAAAGCGUUGCUGAGGAAAGGUAUUGCGCAAUUCGAGCUCAAAGAAUAUCAGGCAGCUAAGACUUCCUUUGAUCAAUCUAAAGAGCUAAAUCCAAAUGAGAAGUCGCUGGCUACGUGGUUGAAAAAAACUGAGGUUCAAUUAGAAAAAAUGGCUCCAAAACCCACGUCUGCAUCUGGCACAAUGUCAAACAAUACAUCAGGUUCGGCAUUCUUAUCUCAAAGUCGCGUCAGGCAUGAAUGGUUUCAGAACGAAAGCUUUAUCAUCAUCAGCAUUUUCAUCAAGAAUGUGAAAAAGGAGACAGUCGACGUUUACAUGGCAGAUCGAUCGGUGUCGGUGACCAUUAAAUUGCCCACAGGAUCCGAUUACUCUUUGGAACUCGAUCCACUUGCGCACGAGAUCGAUCCUAAAGAGAGUAAAUACGAAGUGUUAUCCACUAAAGUUGAGAUCAAGCUUAAAAAAGCUAAUGUGGGAAUUAGGUGGGGUGUUCUGGAAGGCGAAGACUCGCUCGUCGGAUCAAUUGGAUCAACAAACGAUUCAAGUGUGCUUUCUUAUCCAUCGUCCGCGAAACACGCAAAAAACUGGGACAAGCUAGAGAAGGAGAUUAGCGGCGAACAAGAAAAGCCUGAAGGAGAUGCAGCCUUGAACUCUUUGUUCCAACAACUCUAUCGUGAUGCGGAUGAUGAUACGAAGAAGGCAAUGAUGAAAAGUUAUACUGAAAGCAAUGGUACAUGUCUAAGUACAAACUGGGGUGAAGUCAGCAAGGGUAAGGUGGAAACAAAACCGCCCGAGGUGGAGCUAAAAAAUGGUCUGUCCGAUUUGAUCUCAAUGUCAUUUUAUGUUUUGAAAUUUCCGUGGGACUUUUGA